AUGGCCAAAAAUCCUUACAGACUUAUCCCAAACAUUGUAGACCAACUCGCCCAGGACGAGCCUGACAAGCUCUACGCCGAGCUACCAAUAUCCCACACAGAUUUCACUUCGGGGUUUCGCCAAAUCACAUAUGGCGCAUUGGCAAAUGCUAUGAAUGGUGUAGCUUGGUGGCUAACGCAGAACUUGGGGCCCGCAGGCAAUGAUUUCCCAACCUUGGCCUACAUCGGGCCAAACGAUAUGUGCCACAACUUUUUGCUUCUUGGAGCUGUCAAGGUGGGGUACAAGAUGCUUUUCACUUCGCCGAGGUAUAGUGUCGAAGCGCAAGUGAGGCUUAUGAAGGCCGUCGACUGCAAGGCUAUAUUGACUUCGUCGAUAAUUACGUCCAUGUCCGAGAUUGUGGAGCGGGCUGCAGAGACACAUGGAGAUAUUAAAAUACAUCGGGUUCCGAUGCCUACAUUCUUCUUGGAUGGCAAAUACGACCCUUUUCCAUACGCGAAAUCCUUUGAGGAAGCGCAUGAUGAGCCUUUGGUGGUCCUUCAUACUUCUGGGACUACAGGGUUUCCCAAACCGGUUAUCUGGACGCAUGACUGGGCGGCAAGCUUUGCGCUGCAGAGAUACUUUGAACCGCCAGAAGGGUACGAGAGCCUCGAUCGACUCAUACUGGGAACGCGGGUGUUCAGCUUCUUCCCCCAAUUCCAUGCUGGUCACCUAUUUGUAAGUAUUUUGUUCGCUCUUUACAGCGGUACGAUCGUCAUUAUGCCACCGGCUCUGGCCACACCGACCACCGAGCUUGCUGUGGCGGCAUCUCAGCAUACUAAAAUUGACGCGCUCACUCUGCCCCCUCCUUAUAUAGAGCAACUCGGGGCCAAUCCAGGGAUGGUCGACACUCUGAUCAAAAAUGGAGUGAACGCGAUAUUCUGGGCCGGUGGGCCCGUCUCCAAGCAUCACGCAGAGACAGUAGCGUCUCGGACCACGCUGUUCAACACAACCGGAUCAACGGAGAUGGGUAUGUGGCCCGUCAUUCGCAAAUCAGGAUCAUGGGAUCCUAGUAUCUGUAGGGAUAUGUGUUUCCAUCCAAAGAACAAUAUCGACUUUCGGGAACAAUCUGAAGGCAUAUACAGUGCCGUAGUCGUGAGAAACGAUCCGGAGGAUGGCGUGCAACCUGUCUUUCACUACGACAAGAAGCUUACUGAAUAUGACACCGGCGACCUAUACACCCCGGUUUCGGAGCCGGGAAAGGACCCUCAAUUUUGGAGGUAUUAUGGUCGCUCUGAUGAUAUGCAGGUCUUUGAAAGUGGUUUGAAAUGGCAUCCGACUAUGGCGGAACGCAAGAUUGUAUCGGAAAAUUCUGGUCUUGUGCAAGAGGCUCUCCUAGAUGGGUUUCAACGCACCCAUAUAGUCUUAUUGCUUGAGCUGAUGCCUUCAAUCGCCGCAGAAUUAUCGGGUAUGUCUCAACAGGAUCAAGAGGUUAAGAAAGAGAAGAUUCUGGAUGAUAUUUGGUCUACUAUCGCAGAGAUCAAUGUCUCCGCGCCGUCCUGGGUAAAAAUGGACCGCAAAAGGGUUGUUUUCUGUGAGGCAGGGAAACCACUGGCUAGAACGGCCAAAGGCACUGUCCAGAGGCGGCAGGCCGUUGCUACGUAUGAGUCCCGGAUUCAAGCUUUGUUUUUGUAA